GUAGCGCAGUGUUUUCCGUUUGUUUUUGUUCUAGUGAAAAUGUUUUGUGUGCGUGCCUAGGAAAACCAUGCUAACACCCGUAAAUCUAAAGUAGCCGAGACAUUAAGACGAUUGUUUAAACAAAAAAUGGAGGGAAUUACGUGGAGACUGACUAUUGUAUAUACAGUAUUAUAUUAUAUAGCUUAUUUAAAUACACACACCGAAGCUCAGGUUUUGAUACCAUCAAAUCAACCAGAAGCAUACUUUAAUGGCUCAUCUUAUAUUAGACUGCAAACCACGAUAUCCUUAAAGAAACCGACUGGAAUAAGUUUUCGAACAUGUGCAGGUGGAGUCCUAUUUUCCCAGCAGCAAAACGAUGACUUAAUCGAAUUGUCUGUUAAUAUUGACGGAUUAUCGUUCCACGCCAAAACUGCAGGCAAAAUUAUUGAUAGCAGGAUACCUGGAAACUUUCUCGACAACAAGUGGCAUACUGUAUUCCUGCAAUAUAUUUUAGGCAACCUAACCAUUGAUAUUGAUGGUGAUACAGAGCUGUUAGCAAACAACACAUAUCACAGCGAGUUACUAACAAGCCCAGGCUUGUAUAAUGAAGGGGCUGCCGUUUUACUCAUAGGAAAGCAAUUCAAUGGUUGCAUACUGGAAGGUCCCUCCAUUGUGUUUCAAAACAAUGUAAUCUUGUCAAAUCAUAAUGCCUUAUUUGAAUCAUGUCCGAUUCCAUACGACAGUUGCCUUGUUACGGAUCCGGCACCGAAGAAUUUCUGUCUGACUGAACCCUGCAUGUUUGGCAAAUGCGUAAAUGGACUAAAGGAUUACUCCUGCCAGUGUCAUCCUAGAUACACAGGCAAAAACUGCGAGAACGACCUAGGCGACCCGUGCAACCCGAUGCCGUGCAAGAACGGCGCCUCCUGCCACGGCGACAGCUUCGGCUACGUGACGUGCACCUGCACGCCCAGCUUCACCGGCAAAUUCUGCGACGUCGACAUGAGCACCCAAGGCCUGUGCCAGAUGAAGAAGUGCUUCAACGGCGGCUCCUGCGAGGUGGAUCUGGUCAAACAGGUGGCCGAGUGCUAUUGUCCUCCCGGCUUCGUGGGCGCUCACUGCGAGACGAACGUGGACGAGUGUCUGUCCAAUCCUUGCUUGAACGGCGGCGUUUGUACGGACGGCAUUAAUAAUUUUACUUGCGACUGCAGCCACACCGGCUACCAUGGGAGGUAUUGCGAAAUGGACAUCAACGAGUGUCAGGCGGCGCCAUGUUUGAACAGGGGCACCUGUUUCAACACGUAUGGCUCGUACAUGUGUCAGUGCAGUCCCGGAUUUAGAGGUUUCCAUUGUGAACACGACAUCAACGAGUGCGACUCCCAGCCGUGCUUCAACAACGGCGAAUGCGUCGACCUGCGCGGCAGCUACGGCUGCCGCUGUCGCGACGGAUUCGUCGGCGAGCACUGCGAGAUCGAGCAGCACGCGAUGACGCAGUGCGACGCGUCGUCGUGUCCGCCGUACGCCGACUGCGUGGCGCUGGCCGGCGGCGUAACUGGUUGCAAGUGCAAGCCGGAACAUCCGGGCGACUAUCCGAACUGCGACAGGGACUCGGUGUGCGCCCGCAAGCCGUGCCUGAACGGCGGCGUGUGCUCCAGCGACGGGAGCUCGUUCAAUUGCUCGUGUCUGCCCGGAUACGCCGGCCCCGCAUGCGAACGGAGGGUCGAACCUUGUCGGCCGAACACGUGUUUGAACGGCGGCGUUUGCAAGUACGACCUGCGCCACGGAAGGCGAUGCGUCUGUCCGGACGGUUGGACGGGCGUCGAUUGCUCGGAGAGAAUCCGGUGCUCUCACCGGCCCUGUUUCAGGGCCACUAUGUGUACUGACUACCCGGGCAGUUAUUACUGCACAUGCGAGCCUGGUUGGACCGGGUUGAACUGCAAUGUUGAACUGAUUGUGUGCUCCACUAGAUCCUGUUUGAACGGCGGCACCUGUCUAGUAGAUACCAACGAGUGUGUGUGCGCACCGGGUUUCGCAGGAAAAGUAUGUCAAAUAAACGUAGACGAAUGCGCCUCCAUGCCUUGCCUGAACGGCGGCAAGUGCACCGACCUGGUGAACGGUUUCGACUGCAACUGCACCGACGACUGGAUGGGCGACAUUUGCGAAAUCCCCUUCGACGCGUGCAAGCUAAAGUUGUGCGAGAACAACGCCACUUGCACGACGUCGGCCAACAAACGAGAAUUCACCUGUGCCUGUGCUGAAGGUUUCGAAGGUGAAAGAUGCGAGAUUAACAUAGACGAUUGCGUUGGGGCUAAAUGUGCUCCGGGGAAGGUGUGCUACGAUCUCGUCAACGGAUUUGAGUGCAGAUGUCCUCCUGGUUAUGCUGGCGACAACUGCAGCAUUGAUUUGGAUCCCUGCGCCAAGGAACCUUGCUCUAAUAUGGCCACUUGCGAGGUCGACAAAGCGACGCAUGAGUUCAGAUGUAUAUGUCCUCCAGGUUAUCAAGGCCACACGUGCACCACCGACAUAGACGAAUGCCAAAUAUCCGACGGCAUCUGCAACCACGGCAUCUGCAUGAAUACCUUGGGCAGCUUCCAGUGCUACUGCACGCCCGGCUACGCAGGCACCCGCUGCGACCUGGACAUCGACGAGUGCCUCUCCCAUCCGUGCAAGAACAACGCCACGUGCCACAACUUGAUCAACAACUACGAGUGCGACUGCCCGCCCGGCUACAGGGGCAAGGACUGUUCCAUCGACGUGGACGAGUGCGAGCCGAAGCCUUGUCGCAACGGUGGUACCUGCAUCGACGGCAUCAACGACUUCAACUGUGUGUGUCCGGAGGGACUCACCGGCAAACUGUGUCAGACCAACAUCGACGACUGUGCUUCCUCGCCCUGCCAACACGAUUCUCAAUGCAUAGAUGGCUUGAAUAGCUACACCUGCAACUGCAGCGAGACCGGUUACGAAGGUAUCCACUGCGAGAUCAACAUCGAUGAUUGCCUAAGUGAUCCGUGCCAAAAUGGGGCUGUAUGUAAAGACCUGGUUAAAGACUACGAGUGUAACUGUUUUAAUGGCUACACCGGCAAAAACUGCGAAAUUGACAUAAACGAGUGCGAAGUAAACCCUUGUAAGUACGACGGAAUUUGCCUGGAGAAAUCAAAUCGCACCCUUUAUUUGCCAAUAUCCCGUGAAUUAAAUCUAGUACUGCCCGACUUCUUCAACAGAACAUUCGACUUCGCCGACGCCGCAGGUUAUAUUUGUGACUGCGUCCCCGGAGUGGUGGGAGAGAACUGCCAGACCAACAUCGAUGAGUGCCAAAGCUCCCCCUGCAGUCAGGGGCAAUGCAUCGAUAAAAUCGGAGGGUUCAAGUGCGAGUGCGACGAAGGUUUCGAGGGAGAACUGUGCGAAAAGGACAUCGACGAAUGUGAGGUCUACAAACCUUGCGUAAACGGCAGGUGCAUCGACAAACGGGCCAAUUACUACUGCGACUGUGACCCCAAGUAUGGAGGCAAAAACUGCUCCGUAGAACUCACGGGUUGUAUCGACAUGCCUUGUUUGAACGACGCCCAGUGCAAGCCGUACCUUGUUAGGGAGACUGAGCACAAAUUUAAUUGUUCCUGCUUGCCUGGCUAUCAUGGAAGUAGGUGCGAGCAGCAGACCACCAUGUCCUUGUCUGGCAACUCGUUGGUCAUCAUCAACACCACCAGAGACGAAGGGUACGACAUACAGUUCAGAUUUAAGACCACGUUGGGCGACGGGCUGUUGGCUUUGGGCAAAGGCUCCACUUAUUACAUCCUGGAAUUAUCCAAGGGAAGGCUUAACUUACACUCAAGCCUAUUGAACAAGUGGGAAGGCGUUUUUAUUGGCUCAAACCUAAACAACAGUGAGUGGCAAAAGGUGUUCGUCGCCAUAAACUCCACCCACUUAGUACUGUCAGCCAACGACGAACAAACCAUCUAUCCCAUCUCCUUCAACGAAAAUUACAACGUCUCAUCCACAAGCUUUCCCCUGACCUACCUAGGUGGCAUUCCGAGUAACUUGCGCAAGCUCACGCACGGCCAACCCUUCCUGGUUGGUUGUACUGAAGACGUGUUGAUUAAUGGUGAGUGGGUGUUGCCCCAGAACACCAACUCCAAUUGGUUGACGUUCAACAACGUGGACGUGGGGUGCACGAGACGGCCUCAGUGUGACCCCAAUCCGUGCCAAUCGGGAGGACACUGCACGGACAGGUGGAGGAACUUCAGCUGCACCUGUGAACGACCUUAUUUGGGCCACACUUGCCAGUACAAUUAUACUGCGGCUACUUUCGGUUACGAAAACAUCACCAACUCCAUGGUGACGGUCGACGUGUACGAUUCAUCCAGGAGGGCCGUCAGGAAUAUUGUGGACAUAAGCAUGUUCAUCAGAACUAGGCAAUCAAAGGGCCACAUAUUCUAUUUGGGGUCCCCAUUGACAACCAGCAACAGCCUUGAAGAGACGUAUGUGGCGGCCCAACUGGAAGGUGGGGAGCUUCUUGUCAGCAUCUACUUCAACGGCUCCCAAGAGUCGUACACUGUUGGAGGCGUAAAACUAGACAACGGCUUCAAUCAUCUCAUAGAAGUGAUCAGGAACGUGACUCUGGUACAAGUCAAACUCAACGGCACGGAGUACUUUAGAAAGACUAUUUCGGCGACUGGUACUUUGGACGCUCAGGUACUUUACUUGGGUGGGCAGCCUCAGUUAAGACCUGUCAGACAAGCCAUGGACAACAUUGUGACGACCAAAGUGGAUUUAACCGGCCCCACUGCUCCGGCUGCCGUUACCACCCUCAGCAACGUCAACUUCAAGGGAUUGAUACAGGAUGUUCAGAUAAGCAGUGGAUCAACCACUAUGAUCGUUGAGUUUUAUCCACUAAAGGCUGACGACAUAGAAAUCCCCAUCGCCUUUGGAAACGUGUCUUUCGACAAGUCCACCGUGUUAGAAGGCAUCCACUCAGACGACUCGUGCAAAGUCAAUCCUUGCCAGCACAACGGGGAAUGCGUCAACACAUGGAACGAUUACAUGUGCAUCUGCAUCAGAGGCUACAAAGGAAAAGACUGUACGGAGCAGGAGUUCUGCGAGCUAGAAAGGUGUCCGGAAGGCGCCGAAUGUAAGAACCUGGACGACGGGUACGAGUGCGUGGCCAACGCCACCUUCGACGGCAAAUCCGACCCACUCCAGUACGGCUUCACCAGCCUCCCCAACUCCACCGUCCCCCUCUUCGACACCCUGGAACUGACCUACAGAACGAGGUCGUGGGGUACGGUACUGUUCGCCAAGCACCAGGACGACUACUUCGUCAUUUUCAUCUUCCACAACGAGGUGGUAGUGGAGUGGAGCUUCAACGGCGUCCUUGAAACCAGACGGUUCAGGAAGGAGCGCUUCGCCGGGCAAUGGCUGACGCUUUACUUCACCUACAAGGACGCCAUCUGGCGGGGCGGUUUCAAGGAGAACGUGAUGGAUGAGGCCCCUAAUUUUGAGGUCAACGAGUUCGACUUCGAAACCUUCACGGAGGUCUUCGGUAAGGGGUCGAUUCACGUGGCCGGAAGUGUUGGCGAGAAGUUCGACUUCAUCAGUGCAAUCAACAACACCGAUUUGAACAUGACCGGAUACAUACCGGAAACUGAUACGACCACGGCCGUCUCGUUGACUGGCAACUCGUUGGAGGUUGCUGAUUCACACUCGGAAGAAGUACCGUUAUAUAAAGUGGAUCAGAACAAGCAAACUGACAGAUUCAGGGGUUGUCUGGGGGAGAUACGAGUAGGAGGUCUGCUCUUGCCAUUCUUCACCACCAAAGAUCUUUACCCACGUAAUCACUACAGCGAAGUGUUCUUCGAGCUGUUACCAGGUACUUCCGCAGACAUUGGAUGUGUGCUGUGUUACGACAAUGAUUGUCUCAACAACGGUUUCUGUAUCAGCCCCACAGAGACCUACAAAUGUAACUGUACUGAAGGUUACACUGCAGACGACUGUUCCAUAGACAUCGAUGAGUGUGAGCACAACAAGUGCCAAAACAACGCCACUUGUCAUGACUUGGUGGCUAAGUACGAGUGUAUCUGUCAGGAUGGCUAUGAAGGAGAAAACUGCGAGUUUGAAAUAGACGAGUGCCUGAGUGAGCCAUGUCGCCACGGAGGAAAAUGUGAGAACCUAAUCGGCAACUUUAAGUGUUACUGCCCGGAAGACUACAUCGGCAAGCAAUGCGAGGCACCCCUGUUAGUUACGUGCGACAAUAAACCGUGCUUUGAGGGCGCUACCUGCGAAACUGGUCCAAAUGAGAAGACGGGAAACAAUUUCACUUGUUUCUGCACUGAAGGAAUGGAGGGGUCGCUGUGCGACACGGCGUUCUGCAUGAGGCGACAAUGCGAGAACGGAGGCGUAUGCAACACCACGGACGCAGUACCGUACUGCGACUGCCCGAUGGGCUUCGACGGCAAGUACUGCGAGAACAACAUAGACGAGUGCGUACUGCCAACAGGAGGCAGCCCGUGUCAGAACGGCGGCCAGUGCAUCGACAAAAUCGCUGGGUACGACUGCAACUGUAGCGGUACCGGCUUCACCGGAUUGCUGUGCGAAAUCGACAUCGACGAGUGUCGCACCAUGAAGGACCCUUGCGGCAUGGCCGGCCGGUGCGAGAACCUGCCCGGGUCGUACCGAUGCACCUGCGGCAUCAAGGGCAAGUGCGGCCACCACUGCAACAUUGACGACCCCUGCGAGACGGAGCAUCCGUGCAUACACGGCGACUGCCACUCCCAGUGCACCACCAAGCCCGACUACGUGUGUCGCUGCCACGAGAACUACACCGGCAAAAACUGCACCGCCCUAAAAAUGGCAGCGUCCAGGUCCGACGAGGGCAUCAACAUUCUAUACAUAGUAGUACCGAUAGUGCUCAUAAUACUUCUGGGCUCAGUUAUUGGCCUGGUGGUGCUCGUUAACAUAGCCAGGAGCAAACGGGCGACACGCGGUACCUACAGUCCCAGUGCUCAGGAAUUCUGCAACCCGCGGGUCGAACUGGACCACGUACUUAAGCCGCCCCCCGAAGAAAGACUUAUUUAGUUUUUUUUUUAAGUUUUUUUGUGAUUUUAGUACUUUUAUUUAUGUUGAAACUGCUUAUAAACCUUGUACUUAAUUUUGUUUUGUUAGAGUUAAUGUUUAUUGCGACGUCUUGCAGCCCCGACAUGUAUUUUCUAGAAUUUAUAGAAAGUACCGUUAUUAUUUAUUCUUGCACUCAAAUAUCUAGUAACAUUGCUCGAAUUUACUCAAAUGAACAAACUCUUAUGACUUACCGUCCAUAACAAUGUGAUAAAUUUUUAUAUUAUCAUGCCUUAAAUACUUAAAUUUCAUCAUUAUAUAUUUUGACAAGUAAACCAAAGGAAUGUGUAUAUAUAUUUUGAUGUAUUUCAAAGUAGCACUAGCUCACUACACUUUUAAUUGAAAUAAGGAUAUAAAAUAGCGUAAUUGUAUUAUUUUAAGAAGAUUGUAAUAUAAUAGAAUAUACCUUUAAUAACA